AUGAGGACGAAUUUUACUGAUGAACAACUCAUGGAGUUUCUUGUCAAAUCUUUUACACUUCAGCGUUAUGACGACCUAGAAAUUGGAUUUACAGACUUGUAUGGCGAUGAGAAGCUAUCUGAGUCAUUCGGGACGAAUGAUGCUACUGAUUUUUAUGUCCUCACUCUGUUAAAGAAAAAGAAAGAGAAUGGUAAGUACUUCAGCAGGGCAAUUGGAGGCGGCUUAUGGAGAGAAUUUGGCGGAGCUAAAGAAGUUUAUGAUAGGGAAGGAUCACAGAUUGGCAUUAAGAAAAGAUUCCGCUUAGAUGAAGACAAUCAUGUCUGGACUAUGAAAGAAUAUAGCCUUACUGAAAGUAAACGAAACGACUUGAAACGAACUAGUGAAUUUACAGCUCAUGACGAAUUGGUUAUGUGUCGCAUUAGGAGGAAGGCCAAUUAUCUUGUCAGUUCUUCGUCACAAUGUCAAGGAACUGUGAAAUCCUUCGCUCAAGAAAAUCAAGAUUUGGGUCUAAUUCCAUCUGAUGACAUAAAAGAAUCCCAAUUGCCUGCUGCAAUUGAAGAAGAAUGCUCUGUUUCUGUGGUUCAUUCUAAACUCCCUCUGUUAGUUUCACCUUCUGAGGUUCAUCAAGAAACUCCCUCUGCAAAAGAAGAAGAAUGCUCUGUUUCUGAGGUUCAUCAAGAAACUCCCUCUGCAAAAGAAGAAGAAGAAUGCUCUGUUUCUGAGGAGAAUUUAGUUGCAGCUACACUUACUUUAGUAUUUUCGGUUCACAACUUUGAUCUUUUCAUCAUUUUUCAGUUAGUUGCGUGA